AUGCUUCUAGCUGGCCUCUCGGACGAUGGUGACCGCAGACAAUCCGUUCCGUUCAACGCACGCCGAACAUCCAAAGCCACGCAACCAAUUUCCCUAGAGGGCCUUCGAGCAUGGGGCCACGUCUACUAUGGCGACGCAAAGAAUGCCGACGUCUUUGUCAAUGCGGUAGCUCUUCGCCGGACAUCAGAUGCCAGCACGGCCUCAGAGCACUCCAACACGGAGGAGACGCCUCAGCACUCGCCCAACCCGGGCCAGCAGCCUCGCCGCCACUCGGUUGUCCGAGCACGCGUGCGCCCUCGCAACAUUGACAGAAAACCGUUCCUCAUCCAGCGCGAGUUUGACCUGACUGAGCUGCGAUCUACCAUCCCAGAACCCUUGCGAACGCAAUCUACGCCUGGUUUCCGCCAAGGCAACUUCCCAACUUCUGUCCGAGAAUCUCGAGCACUCCGUGCCUCCAGCACGGCAGUCCCCGUUCACCUCGAGUAUGCUCGCGCACACCUUCCCGUGCUCGCUGCCCUCAUUGUCUCUGGCCAUGUUCGCGAAGGCGACGUGAUCGAUCUUCCGCUUCCACAUCCGGAAGCCUGGACCAACACGGUGGCUUACGUCUACACCGGCCAGGGCGAACUGACUGAUGCCAUCCGAGAGAACAUUCUCCACUUGGCUGGCAAAGUCUGA